CCGGCUCCCGGCCGCGGCGGCCGCUCCUGCCUUUGUGCCCCGGCCGCGGUGCGGUCCCUCCCCGCCUCCCCGGCGGAGCCCUGCGGCGCAUGCCUCCCGCUCCCCGGGGGCAGGGAAGGAAGCGCCGCCCGCCCCUGCACCAGCGCGGCGGGCAGCGGCGGAGCGGAGCCCGGCGGAGCGCACAGCCCGGCCGGGGCUCCGCCGAUUUUCCCCCCCUCCCCCCACUCCCUUCCCCCCCGAGCCCCGCGUCCCCCCGUCCGCUCUCGGCCUCCUCUCGGCAGGAUGGAAGAGAGACCGGUCUGAAAAACUGUUCCAUCGUGGACUUUGCUGUUGCCUGCUAGAAUGUUCCUUAUGAAUGCUCCUCGUUUGGUAGCUCUUCAGACAAAAUGGGAGUCCUUUGGACCAGCAGCAGGGAAUUGUAGAUAUCCCGUUUGCUUCCCUGAAUCUGACGGGGACGUCACGAGAACCUCUGUAAGUGCAAAAGUUCAGAUGAUCAUAAACAACCUGCAGAGUCAAGAGUCUGCCCUGGGUAUGAACAAUGAGUGUGGUUGUAUUAUGCAGAAGAAACAGAAGGGAGAAAAAGGCACCAGUAACAGAGUCACGUCGGGCACCCCCUUGCUGCGGAAGCAGCCUCCGUAUACCAAGUGUGGAUGCCCCGAGGAUUCAGGUGGCACUGAAGUGGAAGAGAAUGUGGAGUUUGGGACCCUCCUGCUCGAUUCUGACAGCGACGACUCUGUGGACCGAGGAAUAGAGGAGGCCAUCCAGGAGUACUUGAAAGCAAAAGGCAAAAGCGACCAGUCCUUGCCAAGGAAUGCCGAGGGUUCCGUGACGACAAGCAGAGACAAGAGGUUUAAGAGAGAAUUCUCGCAGAGCAAAACGGCUGGUGACCUCCUCCCUGUGAAAUUUAAAGCCGAGAUGCUCUCUGAAGAGUACCUGUCUGACCACCUGGGAAUUGGGAAAAGGCUCCAGCCUGCUUCCCCUCAGAGCAUCAGCAGCGAUGACUCUUUUGAACAGAGCAUACAGGCUGAAAUAGUGCAGUUCUUGAACGAGAAGAAGCAGCAGGAAAUUAGUAAAUGUGUUAGUGAGGGGGAUAAAAAGGAUUCCCGGGUGAGAUCUGUCCUCAAAUGCAACAAAGACACAACGAACAGGACACACUGUGGUGGUAUAAAGCGAGGUUGUAAGGCGCUGCUCCUGAGACACCAUCCCAAGCUGCAGAAAUCCGGCACACAGUCCAAGUGCUUGCAGUCAAAAAUCCAAGCAGAGCCCAGCGAGUUCAGCCAGGUGAACCAAGCGUAUCUGGAAGUGGGCACUGCCAGCCAGCCCUGGCUCGUGGAGCAGAAUGAGGGAAGCGGAGCUCAUUACUGGGAGCCAAGGGAAGCACUUACCAAGGAGAGCAUGCACACAUCUGACUCGAGCAGUGAUGAUGGCAUUGAAGAGGCCAUUCAGCUUUACCAGCUGGAGAAAAUCAGGAAAGAGGCAGGUGAUGCAGCAGACUGUGUCUCUUUGCAGAGGAAACAAUUUGAUCCAAAGGGUAUGGCGGACAUUUCUGCCAGCCUGACAAUUAGCUCCACAAAAAGUGCCUCACCAGAAACCCGUAAAAGCCCUAUAAGCAACAAGAGAAAAGAAAUUAAUUCCAAGCCAGCGGGAUUAGAAAGCACCAGCAAUGACUUUAACAAGCUGUUUAAACCACUGAAAAAAGCCAGGCAUUUUGCACUUCCAGAAAACAAGAUUGCUGCUUGCGAGCUCACGUUGCAGGCCUCUUGCAGAGCAGACACAUCUGCGGAGCUCAUGUGUGCAGAAGCUAUCCUUGAUAUUUCCAAAACAAUCAUGCCAUCCCAAAUGGGAAGUGACAACAAAUCGCUGGCUGCGGACUCCUUCUUUUCUCCCCAGCUUCUCUCCUCCUCCCGUUGUGAAAGUGACAGCAGCCUUGUGGACAGCGAUGACAGUAUAGAGCAGGAAAUCAGGGCUUUUUUGGCUCUGAAGGCACAGUCGGAAAACCUUGGAGCAAAGCCUCCCAGCCUGUCACGCUCGAUCCAGAUGCCUCUGCCUUCCGAUCAAAACAGCCUCGCCAGUACCCUGGAGCCUCCUCUUCCCAAAACACUGAAGCUGUCACUGAGUCGGAAAAGGAGACUGAAAAGGGAAGGCAGAGCAGUGAAACAAGGGGCAUCAAAAACACCUGAGCAGGUGCAGAUGGGACUUUUCCAAGCAGGUAACUAUUCAAAAUUUCCCGUGCUCCCAGAGGAGUGUGCCCUGAGCCCGGCAGAAGCCUGUGAUGCUCAGAGCCUCGGUAGUAAAGAGACGAGGCAGCAGCAGCUCGUGUCUCCCACAUUGUCUGGCUCUGAUGGCAGAUGUGUGGCCUUGGACUCUGUAAACCCCUUUCUGCAGGUUCAGAGUAGCACAAGAAAACUCAUGAAAAAUACGACCCAAACUCCUGACAGGGAGGGGUCGGAUGAUGAGAGCAGUUCUCUGGACAGCGACGAGGACCUUGAUAGUGCUAUCAAGGACCUGCUGCGGUCGAAAAGAAAGCUAAAGAAGAAGUCCAAGGACCAAAAAUCUCAGUUCAAGAAGAGAGUCAGAUUCAGCGAGACAGAAGCUCAGCUGCUGGAUGAUUUCAGCAGCCUCCAACAAAACGAGUGGAAGUGUAAAAAUCCUGCGCUGCUGAAAAGCUGCCUCUCGAAACCCAGGAAAGCCGUGAGAGAGAGCACAAUGAGGAGCCCUUCAGACAACAUGAACAUCAAACUUCCCAGUGAGAAACCAGAAACCGUGAUGAAAAACCUGGAGUUUAACUUACAGCUUAAAAAAGGGAAUAAACCUAAACCAGUUUCAAACCCGCGGGUGGCUAAAAAUAGAAAAUGUUCUUUCCCAGCUGUGUGCGACACCGACGACAGCAGCUCGGUGGACAGCGACGACAGCAUCGAGCAAGAAAUCAGGAAGUUUUUGGCAGAAAAGGCCAAAGACUCUGCAAGCAGUUCAGAGAUACAAAAAGAUGAUUUAGAUCUAUUUAGAGUGACCAAACAAACUGGUAACAGAGGAAAAGCAAAGCAGCAGCCGGUAGAGAACGAGAUCAACCUCGUGCCGGGUCAGAGUAAAAAGACUGAGGUACCUCAGCAAACUGAGUUGAGGAACUCCCAGAGAACGGAAGGGAAAAGUGCAAUGUUACAUGGCAGUGGGAAAUGUGCUUCCUCUGCAGAGAAUGUUCGUGCUACUGGUCAGUCAAAAGCUAAGCAAGGAGUGUGGGGGGUUAAAGGUGGUGCUGCUGAGUUACCUAGGAACGCAACGGGUAAAAAGAAUGUCCGCAAAACAGAGCCCCCCAAACCCAGCAAAAAUGAAGGUUGUAAAGUACGAAAAGUUAUGAGCGCAAAGCCCAGAUCUAAAAGAAAGAACACCUUUCACCUAAAAAUUUCCAGUAAAUUCAUUGCAGGUCUCAAAUACGCCCGGGACAGGAAGAAAUCAAUGCUUUUGAACAAAAGGCAGAAAGCAGAGAGUUUGCUGGCCCAGAGCAGCACGCUGGGAGUGGAGGCAGCUGCCCAGGAUACACAUGUACUUCACCCCUUGCCAACAGGUGAAUUUAGUGGGGAGAGUACGACAGCAAUAAAAGCAUCCGGUACUUCUCAGAAGGUCACUGUGGGAGUGUCAAGUCCCCACGCAGCAGAAACCUGUGCAGGAGUUGAGGCUGCUCCUCUGUGUGUCACAGGGGAAGCCGAGGGGUGCAGAAGGGCUGAUGCCUCAGGAGAUCAGUCACAUUCUCACUCGAGCCUCCCCUGUCAGGAGCAGAGCGAGGCAGCAGUAAAAGCAGAUCAGAUUUGCAGAGGAACGUCCAAAGCGGAGAACACACAGAUGUGGAUAGCAGAUACCCACACAGGCAGCUGGGCUGAUUCAAAUGUAGAUCCCCCACACCCCGAGUGCAGCAUGACAGCUGGAAAAGCAGAUAAAAUUAGCAGGGACACAGCUCAGCAGAGUGCACAGGCGUGCAGUAAGGGAGGGAAUAACCGCCUGGACAAGAGGCCAGAUCCAAGUUUAGCUUGCCCACAGCAGGAAUUAAAUGUGACAGCAGCAGCAGUGGAUAGAACGAGUAGAGAAGCAUGUGCAGAUAACAGUGUGCAGAUGUGCAUUAAGGAAGAAAAAGUUGACAGGCAGGAAGAAAUUCAAGUAACCAGCUCCAAUUUGGAAGGAAAAAUACCUGUCCUGCAGAAAAGGGAAACUGCUAGUGAAGUGCACCAGGGGCAGGAAGUUUUAGCCAAAACCUGUGCAAAAUUUACUGACCUAUCUGCAGGGGACUGCCCAGAUUCCCUCUUGGAAAAAAAGGUUUCAAAUGUGAGAAGAAAGGGAAGUUAUAAGAAGCUCAAGGUACUGUCUAGAGUCUAAUAGGAGAAUUAACAGUGAACAGUAGAGAGUUGCUUAUUUAUUUUCAUAUGUUAAAUAUUUUAAAAGUUAACUUUCCAGGUCCGUUUCCGCUCAGUUUAUUUAUUUGUUCCAAAGUAUUGGUGUGUUUGCAGCAGGAAGGGCUUUCACCCAGCUAUUUCUCUGUUUAAAAGAACCAAAUGCCACAAAUAGGGAAUAUUUAUGACACUGAAGAGUACCAAUUGCAGUGGUGCUUGGCCAUAAUAUUAAACUUAUAAUUUAUAUUUUUAGCAAACAGUAUAGUAUUAUGUUCAUUUUUAAUGGAUACUAUCCCUAUGUUACACCUGUAAGGUGAGACACUUUCUCAUCCAUGAACAGGCAGAGCAGUUUCUCUUCAAAACUAGUUUUUUAGCUAAAAAUGUAAAGGUGUUCCUUCAGUGCAGUCACUGUCCAACUGAUGUAGUUUCACUGGCUGUAACUACAGUUGUUAGAAUAAAACUUAAGAAAACAUUU